GGAUAUUUAAAUGAGCAGAUUGAAACACAAAUGAAAAGAACUACUUGAUUCAACGGGGGAAAACUACUUGACCUAUGCUUUUCAUUGUCUUUAAAUGAACACUUCAUUGGAGAGUGACCAUUUUCAUUUUCUCACGAUUUCAAAACAUAAAUGAACACUUCAAUACACAUUACAAAUUUUAGAGGCAAUCUUGCGAUACGGAGCAAAAGUUCAGUGACCAUUUUGCCAUUUAACUCUAGCCAAAAGCCCAAAGCCCAAAAACUCAAAAGUCAAAACCCCUGCACUCAUGACUCAUCGGUCAUCCUCUAACAAUUUGACUGUUGACACCGUCCGCCGAACAGAGCGACGUCCGAGCUAGCCGGCCAGCUGACGAAGAUAUUACCGACGGCGGCGGCGGCUUCGUUGUUCGCUUCUGUAACAGUUGUGCGAUUUUUUUACUCAAGUUUCACUUCGAGUAGCUUCGUUUUGAAUUUCAAGGUCUUUUUUCGAGCUCAAAAGGACGCUAAUAGAGCGAAAUCGUCAAUUGGAGGUUUAGUUGAACGAUACCGAUGGAGACCGACCGGAAAGACGGCCGCACGCCGAACCAGCUGAGGCCGUUGAAGUGCUCUCGCAACAUCCUCCACCGUGCCCACGGCUCCGCCAGUUGGUCUCAAGGAGAGACGAAGGUUUUGGCUGCUGUUUAUGGACCCAAGGCUGGAACGAAGAAGAAUGAGGAUCCUGAGAAAGCUUGUAUUGAAGUCAUUUGGAAACCCAAAACAGGCCAAAUUGGCAAGGCGGAAAAGGAGUGUGAGAUGAUAAUGAAGAAGACUAUACAGAGCAUUUGUCUUUUGACAAUCAAUCCAAACACCACAACAUCAGUUAUAGUUCAGGUUGUCAAUGAUGAUGGUGCUCUUCUACCUUGUGCCAUAAAUGCAGCAUGUGCUGCCCUUGUUGAUGCUGGAAUUCCCUUGAAGCACCUUGCCGUGGCAAUUUGUUGUUGCGUGGCAGAAGAUGGGUCCGUAGUACUCGAUCCAACAAAGUUGGAGGAGCAGCAAAUGAGAGGCUUUGCAUAUUUAGUCUUUCCAAACUCAGCUCUGUCAGCCCUCCCAGAAGGAUCGUCUCUUGUCAAUGGCGAACCCUUGGAACACGGGAUCAUCACCUCUGUCACCCACGGCGUUAUGUCAGUAGAUGAAUACUUGAAAUGCGUGGAUCGAGGCCGUGCAGCAUGCGCGAAGCUGUCUAGUUUCCUGAGAAAUAGCUUGCAGAAAUCACAGUUUCCCAGUGACAUGUCGUCCAAGGCUGCAUAGGGGCAUUCUUGAAUCCAUCUAGUGUCCGACCACAGGGAACAGUGACCAACUAGUACUAAAUCGAGCCUGGUGGAAUGGCGCCUGAUAGCACUGGAGUUCCAAAUGGCACAUUAGUUCUUGUAAUCUAGCAAAUUGCAGUAAUGUGUAUACUAUUAUCCAAGUUGUAGUGUGAGCUAUUUGCUAUUGUCCUAGCAGAUGCCUCGUUGGAUUGAACGCGAGCAAUUCCGUGACCAUUGGAUCGAAAAUAUGGCAAAUUUUUUUUUUUUUUUGCUAGAUUGUCAUCGCUUCGAUCACAUAAUUGUGUAUUGCCAGUGUCCGAUCCAACAACGUUGGCACCUAUGAGCACGUUCUCACAAGACACCUUUCAAUAUCAUAGUCUACUUGUUCCAAUGAAAGGUAUAUUUGCCG